AAUGCCAUCAACGUCAAGAUAUAAGUGCUACUUUGAUUGUGACAAUGACGGCCCAUUGCACCGAUUUCCUAAACCUGAAUACCCACAUUUGGAAAAGUUUAACUCGUGGAAAAAAGUACUAGAUAAAGCUUUACAAGAGAAAGGCGACAUCUACAUUUAUAACCAAAUUCGAUUUUGCGACAGACAUUUUGAAGAGUGUUACCGUUCAGCCAGUCACCGACUUACUCCAAAUGCAAUACCAACUCUAGAUUUAUCUACAUUACCAGUUGGUCAAACUCUUGAAGGUCCAUCGGGACAUGUCGAGGCAGACAUGUCGAAUUUAUUAAACAUUUCGCAAGAUAAACUUGCUGUCAUUGAGCCAUCCAGCUCUACCCACUAUCAUAGUGAUGUACAGAAUGCAUUACAGACAGCUGAACGCCCUAAAGGUUCUAGGAAAAGAGGGACUUGUCAAUAUUUAAAACGAGUCGUCACCUCCAAAGAGAAGGAGAUAAUAAAGUUAAAACAGAAAGUAUUGAAGCUGAAAAAGAAAUAUAAGGAACAAAAUAACAAGAAACUCUCUGCAAGGAAAAUUUCCACAUCAAAAUCAUUUUGAAAGAGUUAAAUAAAAUGCCUGCAACAAUAAAAAUAUUUACUUCCCUCCAAAUGAAAUGGAAAAAGAAACCACGAGGCAGGCGAUUUACAUUUAACGAAAAAUCAUGGCAUUGACCAUUUACAAACAGAGUCAGAAAGCUUACAACCUCAUGCGAAAAAUGUUUGUCUUGCCAUCAAAGCGCAGCCUACAAAAAUGUUGAGUAAAUUUGAACUGAAACCAGGCUUCAAUCCUGAUAUAUUUAAAAAUUUAAAAGCUACAGUAGCAAAAUUGCCGGCAGAAAAAAAGUUGGUCAAUUUACUGUUUGAUGAGGUAUCAUUGGCUCCGGGUGUUUUUUACAACCCUGCCCUAAAACAGAUAACUGGUUUUGAAGAUUUUGGGCACAGACAAACAAAAACUCGCAGAUCAUGCCUUGGUCUUUAUGAUCAAGGGUAUAAAAAGCAAAGUGAAACAACCUUUAUGCUUUUCAUUUUGCCAAGGUGCCACGAAAAAGGACGAUUUAAAGAAGCUGAUCAAAACAAUAAUAAAAGAAAUCUCCAAUACUGGAUUGAUAGUUAUUGCCACUAUAUGUGACCAAUCAGCCACAAAUAUUUCUGUGAUAAAAGUCUUCAAGAAGACACAAAACGCAAAUAUUUACAAGAGGGUAAUGAAUAUAGGACCCAAGCCUUCGAGUUUGAAGACCAAAAGGUCUUCCCAUUAUUUGAUCCUCCACAUCUUUUAAAGGGAAUGAGAAAUAAUUUACUCGCCAAACAUUUGAAAUUUGUACAAGAUGGGAAAACAAAGUAUGCAAAGUGGGAACAUUUGGAGAUGCUGUUGAAGUUAGAUGUUGGGGAUGAUGAAAUUAGGCUUGUUAAUAAAUUAACAGAAAACCAUGUUAAUAAAGAGAAAAUUCCAAAAUGAAAGUGAAAUAUGCUGCACAAGUUUUCAGCCAAAGGGUAUCAUCAGCAUUGAGAUUCUUAGCAAAACACAACCUUCUUCCGGCGGAGUGCGAAGAAACUGCUGAUUUUCUACUCAUUA